UGGUAAAUAGAAUUCCCUCAAAAAACUAGGUCAUGAGUUAUCUUGAUUUGCCUGUAAAUAGAUGAGAAUAUACAAACCAUAUUUCAUCUAUUCUUGUUUAUUCAAUCGCUUGAUAGAAACUAAGAUAUAGAGAAAAGUUUGUUGUUGGUGAAGUAUGUCAGACCCUAUGUCGAUCGAGUGUCAACAAGAUGAAAAUGUUCAUGUUCCUGCAACUUUUCCGGAUCCGGCUGCUGUGUUUGUAACCCCACAAACCCACCAUCAUCAUUCCAUUCAACAACCACAGUUUCCUAUACAAUACCCUCCUUUUCCUAUGAAUCAAUUCAGUGGUCCGUUUUCAUCGACUGUUGAACAACCAUACGGGGUUGGGUAUUCCUUCCAAAGUCAUAUGAAUGCCCCAUUCCCCCCUUUCGAAACUCAAUCGUUAAGAACUUCAGUAACAAAGAAGAAAGGAAAGGGAAAGAAUCCUUCACCAAUCUAAUCUUCCAAUCCUCCUCGUCGACUUUGGACGACAGCUGAAGACAUCGCAAUGACAAAGGCUUAUCUAUACGUCUCCGUCGAUUCGAUUGUAGGGAAGGAUCAGACCAGUGAAAGGAUGUGGAAUCGUAUUUUGGGUGCUUGGAGGGAAAACAUGGGCACUUACGAUGAGUCUCGGAAAGCCAAUGGCUUAUCAUGCCGUUGGGGUCUGAUCCAAGCUGCUGUAACCAAGUUUCAUGCUGCAUAUGAAUCUGUAGAGAGAGCUCCAAAAAGUGGAGUCUCGAUUGAGAACGUGAAACGAGAUGAACUGAGAAUUUACAAGGAGACUGGGGAUGGAUCAGCAUUCAAAUUUGAACACUGUUGGGAAAUUCUGAAAGAAAAUCCUAAGUGGUGUUCACUUCAACUCACUAGGACUGGGACUUCAAAGAAAGAAAAGAAGACUGGUGAAAGUCUUGUUGAUAGUUUAGCACAGACAUCACUUACUUCUUCACUGCCAGAUGGUGUCGCGGAUGUGGAUAAUGAGAACAUUGAUGCCGAACAAGGAGUUUCUCGACCUCCGGGUAAAAACACUAUCAAAGCUAAACUCCAAAAAGCGCAUGAACAGAAGAAUAUUGCAGGCAUACUGAGUAGUUUCCAGACUACAGUUGAAAAGCAACACUUGCUUAAUCAACAAGAACUGGAAUUGAAGAAAGAAAAGGAUAAAAAAGACCAUGAACUGAUGGAGAUAUUGAUGAAAAAGGAAUUGGAACUGAAAGAAAAGGAUCAACAAUUAAAGGAAGAAGCUCAAAGGCAGAAACAAAAAUUAGGGAAGCGAAAGGAAUGCGAGCGCAUUAUGACAACUGAUCUUACUCCUCUUCAACCCGCCAUACGGAAGGUUUAUGAACAAAUGCAGGCGAAAAUUAUAAAGGAAUGGGAAGAGGAAGGUCUUUUGGGAGAUGACUGGUUGAUGAUUUAAAUUUUAGUAUGCAGGUGCUAGUUUAUUUCUUGUUUAGUUGUUUCCUUAGAUUGAGUUAGUCUUAGGUUACCAUUUCUUUUAGUAAGUUGUUUUCUUUGAUUGAUUGAGUCUUAGAUUAGCAUUUUAUGAUUUAGUACCUGCAGUAAGGUCACUGUUGUGGUGAUCCUUAACAUUCCAUUUGGUGUCGAAACUUAAUGUUUUCUAGCUGAUCUUUAAUAAAAUUGAG